GAAGAGGAAGAUGGUUGAACGAAAGCAAUUCAAGACAAGGUUAUGUGUUCCUUAUCAGAGAGGACGCUGCACGCGUCAUAAUUGCAACUUUGCGCAUGGCAAUGCUGAGUUGCGAAGGUUCUCUGCCACUUAUAAUGCUGGAUUCCAUAUUUCUUAAAGGAGUGAGGAUCUCAAUACAUAUCUGACAUACUGGACCUGAUGUACUUUGAUUCUGUGUCAGCAUAGCCAGAAGCUUAGAUAUGCAAUAACAAGUAGCAUAUGAGAAUAAUGUCAAAUUAGUUUGUCAAGGAUAGGACAUCAUCACAUUACCUUGUUGAAACUGUUGCAUUUCCAGCAGUAUGGGCAUUUCAUUUUAGAUGAGUGGUUCUUCAGGAUGGAUGCUUCUGGUUGAAACUAGUCUUGGCAUAGCAUUUUCUUGUCAACCAUUUUUAUGCUUCAUUACAUGAAUAUGUGGAACUACUGUGUUUCGUGAAGGAUCAUGAUUAUGCUCAUGUGGAUAUGUCUGCUUGCAUUAUAUCUUGAUCAGAAGCAAGUUCAGCAAAUUUCCCAAUUAUUUUAUGCCCAAAUUCUACUGCCAGAAUGCAUGGAGCUUAUGUUGUUCAUUUUGACUGAUAUUUCUGUAUUUACUGUGGCUACUUGGGCAAUGGCAAAGUGGAACCAUUAACAGAAAUGAUGUCCGGAGAAAUCAAGUCUGAUAGCAUGUGGAUUGUUUUUUUGGUUUACUAAGCAUCUUGGAUAUAUCUCUGCAUUUGAGAUUGAAAUCAUUAAAUUCAUAUGUUACUGCUUAUCAAGAUGAGGAUCUGAACUGUCCUUAACCCAUUGUUACCUUGAUUACACUCCAAAGCUAAAACUACAUACAUGGGUUUUACCAUAUCUGUCAUAGUAUGAGGGCUGCUAGUUUCUGUUCCCUUUUUGCUCUCAUCAGGGAGGCUCUAUUACUAUUCAUUAUUAUGUUUCUCAGUUUCUCUUAUUAUUCCAGUUAAUGGUAGGAAAGACUUAGCCAAUGACUUGAGGGAUACACUAGACAGAAGGUAUUUAUCACCUCGAAGGCACUCGCCAACUCGAGAUGGUAGAGGACACCAGGCCAUUCAUGAACACAGUCCGUCAAGAUCCAUGGAGAAAAAAAAGUGACAGAAGACAUUGGAGAAAACAGGGCAUUACUGGCCAAAGUGAUAUUUCUGCAAGCUUGAAAGUCUCAGAUAGAAUUCAAGAACCGGUUAAAGAAGGAAAAUUCGUUUCUUCUUGUUCUAGAAAUACACUUGAGGAGCAGUUAAAGAAAGUACAGUUGGAUAUCAGGACUUUUGAGGACCGAAAAUUCCAACUAUCGGUUUACCUGGAUGAGAGUGCUCAAGAAGUGGAUAGCCUUAAUUCUAGAAUUCAGGAACUUGAAGCUCAGUUAGUUAAAGAGAAUGAGGAGUGUAAAAGAAUCAAUUCUGGAAUAAGGAAGUUUAUCAGAGUGUACAAUCAUAAUUCGCAGCUACAAGAAGAACUGAAGAGAUCACAAGUCCGACUUCAAAGGCUUGGUGAUCAACUUGUCUCGGAUAUUGCUAGAAUUGGUGCUGAGGAAGAAGAUCUAAGCAUUGAUAUUGUAAGCAAUGGUGAGAAUAAUAGUCAUCCUCCAAUCCCCAAACAUAAUGCCGAACAGAAUGAUGCAUCUCCCCAUGGAAAAAAGCUGCAUGUGCAUGCUGAGCAGGAUGUAUUGGAAGAGUUAAAACAAGAUAGAUCAAAAGUUGGGAAUUCGGUUGAAACAAGAAGAAACAGGAAGCGAUCUCGUUGGAAUUUGCCUGCUCAAUUGAAUGACAAGGAUAAUGUAGGCCUUGAAACUCCAAACGAUGGAACUGAAGAUGCUAGGCCUUUAGAUAUUGAAAGCAAGCAGAAGAGAGGAAAGCUGAAUUCUUCUGACAACCUUUCUUCAGAAAAGUUGAAGGAAUUUAGGAAUGAAGUGCCGUCAACAAGCAUGGCAGCUCAUGUGUUUGACGAGGAAGUUGAGAUUGUAUUUGAUGACAGAAUUGACCUCAACGAAAUUGCACAUACAGAAAAUGACAAUGAAGUGGCAUUAGAGGUGAAGGGCGUACCCCUAAUGCUUCCCCCAGCAUUGAUUCCCCAUACCAAUUAUUCGCAGUACGAGGGGGACGACGAGAAUGUGGACGUGGAUGGUCUUGAUGAAGGGGGAAAUGUGGAUAUUGUCUGAUUAACAUUAUGGAGUAGCAAUUUCUAACCUCUGGUGAUGUAAAAGUAGAUUUUGAAAGCGACCAAAUAUCUUGAAUAGAGCAUUUUGGAAUACGUUAGGAUGUAAAACGGUGGAAGAAACAAAUGACGUUAGUACUUUGUCUAUAUACUGUAGCACUUAUUAGUGAUAUGAUUUAUACAGAACACUUGUAUAAUAGUCUUCAUGACUCGGAUUUUCGGUGGUUCAGCUUCAAUUAUUGGAAUGGUUUUAUAUUAUCAACCAUAACAUGCAAUUUUCUA